AUGGAGGAUCGUGCGACUGCUGCUGCCGCCGCCGCCGCCGCCGGCGAGGGCGGGAGGGACCAAGAGGAUGCGUCGCGUAAGGGGCUCGCUCCGCUGUGGAGCCAGAGCAACGAGGAGAGGAGGGCGCUCCGGUCGGAGUACGCCGACGUCAGGGCCAUGAUCCGCGACGAGGUGAAGGACGACCCUACCCUCGGCCAGUUCGACGCCGCCUUGAACAAGAUUGAAAAGCUUCAUGAAAAAGUGCAAGGUAAUUGGAGCAAAUUGCUGAUGCUGAGGCUCUGCUGGACCUUGCCAAUGCUCUGGUCUCUUCUACCAAGGUGGAAAACAGGGAUGGCUGCAGUUUCAGAUAUCUUAACUGUCUUUGCAAUGCUCCUGUUUGAUGAUAGGAAUGGUCCUAUGGGUCUCGGCCUCGCAGUCAAGGAACGAAGGCACACUGUUAGAAGACGAUCAGGACACUUGGGUAGUGAGCCUGCAGAGCCUGAUGAAUUGGCACCGGACCAAGAUGAAAGGAAUGACACUGACGAGAACAUCGCUGUCAUGUUCAACCUCUUAAGGAGUCACAGCAACAGAAAUGUAAAGCUGGAACAUCUCAUCUUAAACCGUCCGUCUUUUGCACAAACCGUCGAGAACAUAUUUGCACUUUCGUUUCUCGUGAAGGACGGAAGAACAGAGAUAUAUGUGGCUGACAAUGGAGAUCACUUUGUUGCACCAAGGAAUGCUCCUUCAGCUGCAUCGAUAGCCUCGAGGGAAGUGGUCAACAGCCAGUUUGUCUUCCGGUUUGAUACCGAGGACUGGUGGAUAAUGAAAGGCAUGGUCAAUCCAGGGGAGGAACUAAUGCCUCAUAGGAGUAGCUAUCAUGGAGGUGAAUACAAGACGACCACACAAUCUUGUUCUGCUCCUGAUUGUUCUGAGCUGGCUUCAGAUUCCGAGCACCCAAAAGAGUUCACAGAAGACGAAGAAGCAAUGGAGUUAGACUUGGUCAAGUGCUGCUCUGGAGAUGGCGGUCUCAAGACGAGGAAAAGGCAACAUGUCGCUCGGAGGUUGUUCUGA